UCUUUUCUCUCCUCAAUCUCUCUCAUUGAAUUUCAGCUUCGGAAAGAAGGAAGCUUUUCUUCUAUAACAAUGGCAGUCGAUUGCGUAGGAGUUCAAACUGUUGAUAAUCUCAAUCGGAUGUUUCAUUUAACGAGUCAUGAUUUUAACGUUUCCUCUAAUUACAAGCAAUCGGUAUCUGGCUUAAAACGCACCGGUCACGCUCGAUUCCGCCGCGGACCGUCGUCGUCUUCUUCCACCGACAGUCAAGGGACUUCUACUUCUUCGCAAUCAGAGGAGAAACAACAGGAUGCGCCGUUGACGGCGUCCAAGGCGUGUUUUUUAAACAAAUCUGUGAGCGACAGCGAGGCGGAGGCGGUUACGUCUUCUAGGUCAACGAGCUCGUCGUCUUUGGUGUCUUCUUUAGCUGGAGGAGGAUUAGAAGAAGAAAGUGUUUCAAAUGGUAAACGAUUUUCUUCGUUAGGUAUAGUAGCUCCGUCGUUGACGUUUUCUUCGAGGAAGCCUCCUCUUCCGUCUACUCACCGGAAAAGGUGUAGCGCCGACAAUCCUGCUGCUUCUUUACACAGAUCUGGAAGGGAGAAUCGUUCAAGCGGUUGCUAUUGUUGCAAGAGAAGGAAAAUCGGAUCAAAACGUGAAAUAAGGAGAGUACCGAUCAUCGGAUCUAAGGUCACAAGUAUACCGGCCGACGAUUAUUCAUGGAAGAAAUACGGCGAGAAGAAGAUCGACGGAUCAAAUUAUCCAAGAGUAUAUUACAAGUGCAAUACCGGAAAAGGAUGUCCGGCGAGGAAGCGCGUGGAGUUAGCGUUGGACGAUUCAAAGAUGCUUCUGGUAACAUACGACGGAGAGCACCGUCACCAUCACGCACCAACGCCGGUACCGACAAGUCUGACCGGUCUGGUGGUUCAGUCAAAGUGAAGGCGACACAUGCGGUCCACCACCACUUUGCACAAUUUUCUACGGUCAACAAAUAGUGUAGUUAGUAGGGAAGAAAACGACUUUUUUUAUUCUUACUUUAGUUGAGGGUCUAAUUUGUACAUUAGAAAAGUUGAAGGACUUAAAAUGUAAAAACAGAAGAAGCUUCAGAUCUAAAAGCGAUUUUAUUCGGACUGA